AUGGAGGCAGCAUCAAUCCUCUCCGCCAUGAAGGGCGAAAAACUGAAGGACUCGCCGCAAUCUCACUACGUCGUCGACGACAACGAACCCAACAACCGGCUCUAUUCACUAAAACGACCCGAACCUCUUCAAGAACCGGAAGAACCGGAAUACCCCGAGGACGGCGAUGACAAGGAUCGAAGGAUCUGGCGGGAUCAGAUGGAUGUGUAUAAAAUGAAGUACACUAAAUGGGAGAAGCAAGCAAAAGGACUAAGUGAUGUCAACGAGUACAUCCUUACCUACCUCGACCCAAUGCAUCAUCUUGCUCUGAUCGCAUAUCGUACUCCGUAUGAUAGGCUUGUAUACCUAAAGACUCGAUUUGCUCGGUCGACGGCGUACGAAGAAGAAAUCCGUAUGAAUUGGAAGGUCUUUGCUAUGCAGAAACCAACCGGAGAUAUUGAACAAUGGCUUCAAAAGUGGAAUUCACUAAGAGAGCAAGCUAUUAGCCUUGGUAUUAGCGAUGCAGAUUCCAAUAGAGACUUCUUACAUGCGGUAAAAGAAGUGUUGCCAAUCUGGUGGCAAGGGAAAUACCAAGAAAUCGUCAUGGACAAGAAACCAUACGAUACUCGAGAUCUUCUCGAAUCAUUCCGCGCCAUGAAUCGUGAGAUAGGCGUUCAAACUGUGACCUCAACCAAUGCUCCAAAAAGCGCAUUUUCAACUUGGCAGGGUCACCAAGAAGCGAAGCCAGAAACCAAGCAGGACAAGCUUCCAUUUGAGAAGAGGAAAUGCCCAUGUGGUAAUACCCAUCCUCACCAUAAAGUUGUCAAUUGCUGGGUUAUGAAUGAAGCCAUUCGUCCAGAAGGAUAUACCCUAGACAAAGGGAAGCUAGAGAAAGCAAAGAAGAAGCUAGCUAACGAUCCCGCUUGGAAACAAUGGGUUGAAAAGGCGGUAGAUGAAGCUAAGCCUAAGCAUGAAUAUGCAAACCAAGUCAGCUUCGCCACUACCUACCAGAGCAAGCCCCAGAGCAAGCCGCUAGGUAAUAUACAGGUUAGCAAGCAUGUGCUAUCUAUUACGAAGUCUGACGCCGGCGAGCCUUCUCUCCAAAAUCGAUGGAUUCUCGAUACUGGAUCAAGCACCCAUGUGUGUAACAAUCGAGAAUUGUUCGUUGAUUUCACCUCUGAGAAUAUGGAAUUGACAACUGGAGAUAGCACUACGAAGGUGCUAGGGAAAGGCAAGGUUCGCCUAGUAGGCAAGCACCCAGAGAAAGGGAGGAUGGAGAUCACUCUAAGUGAUGCUCUAUACUCACCUAGCUUCCACACAAAUCUAGUGUCGUACGCGAUGCUAAAGAAGAAAGGAGGCACUUGGUGCCAGCACACGAAUUGUAUACGGGAUCCAAAUGAUAGGCCUGUUGUCAAUCUCUAUCUAUGGGAUCAAUUCAAUCUCUGGAUCUUUGACGAACCAGAGUAUGAACGAUCCCAAUCAGUCCCACUACCGAUAGUGAAGGAGCCGGUAGAACUCACAGACGAAGAGAUCACCCAGGUAGUCAACCAUCAGAUUACUAGUCAAGAAGGGACUAGUAUACCAGAAAGUGAGCGUCAAAAUCGACAAGAUGAAGCCGUCGAUGCUCCACAAGAUACUCAACAAGAUGAGGCUCAUAUUGUACGAGAAACCACCCCACUUCAGGGGGUGAGCGAGCAGGCAUAUAUGCCUACCCCGAUAGGCCCGCCGAGGACGGCACUACCAGGUGUAAUCCAGGAGAUCCAGGAGGUUCAGAAGGAUCAAGAACCACCACCAUCGACACCACCAUAUGAAGAAACUGGCUUACGCCAGGGGGUAGAUGAAUCAGGUACUGACCCUGAUCAGGGGGUGGAUAUGCAUGAUCAAGAUGAUCACUUGCUAGCUAGGGAUCAGGCCCAGCAGCAUAAUGAAAAAGCAAUUCCUGCCGUGGAAGACGAGCUAGAAAGACAGCUCCAGGCAGAACUGCUAGCACCAAGCAGAGAGAUCACUAGCAGUUACAGGGUAUUGACGAAGAGCCACCAGCUCUACUACAUGCUUUUGCAGCUGGCCUAUAUGCCGAGAAACCAGGCAUCCGGCGUCAUCGAGAUGACCUCCCCCCACCGCCAAAGUACUGGAAAGAUGUCAUGA